AUGCGUCUCAUCGUCCUCAUCAGAUUGGGGAAAGAAGGAAAAGGGGAUAUGGGGUUACGAACGGAGCAACGAAAUCAGAUGGCGAGAAGGAAGCUCGCAGGCGCGCGGCUGCUACUACAGACGUCCCGGCCGAUCACGAAGAGGGAGGCGGCUCCAGUGCUUGGCCGAACCGAAGGAGGAGAAGAGACGAAAGCAGCGAGGCUCUCUCUUUCUCGUCCGCCGAUUGCAGACCCAUCGCACCCGAGUGGCGUGCUCCGUCGGUCGACUAGACCGAAGAAGGACAUGGGCAGAAGCAGCUCGGUGAUGGCGCACGAUGUUGCCGACAACAGUGGUGAGAGGGGCUGCACCGGCAGGUUCCUCGUCGGUUCCAGCAGCGGUGUCCGAAGGGAUGGUGCGUGGGUGAGGUACGAGAGGCAGAAGAGGUCCGAUGGAUGUCCGGUUGGCAGCCAACAAUCACGAUGUUCCCCCAUUGUUUUGGCAAUUCCGGUCAACAAUAGGAAAAAAAAAGGAAGGACGAAGAAGAAACGGGCGACGGCCCUCUUAGGUACUUCUUGGCAGCCUCCGAAGGAGGAGAAGAAAAUCAAUAGAAUUUUUUGUGGUGUUGUUCCUAGUUGA